UGUUACAUAUUGACACGUAUAUAACAGCGCACAUGAACCACUUGUGCGUUACUACAGUUAGUGCUCAGAGUCUCCUAUGACGACCAGAAUGUCAAGAUUCUUACUGACUCUGGCUGUCUCCGCAGCUGUGUAUGUCGUUCUCACAUCAGCGGCACCGCAGAGCAUUCUACCCACUGACGGUAAUUGCUGGACAAAUGGUACACACUAUGGAGACGGGGGAGAGUACGCCACACGUCUGCCAAGCUGCUGGGUCGCCAUAUGUAACAACGAAGAAAAGAGAGUCACAGUAGCCACUCCGUGUACAGCAGGGCCAGACAUCAUGUACGGGAAUGAGGAGUUGACCAGUCUGAUUAGUCGUCACUGUUACCCCUCCGCCCGUGGGGAACUCCCUGGGAACCAGUGCUGCGGGGGUUACCCAAUUUGUGCCCAUGAGGGAAAGAACAGGGAACAUUUUAACAUCACUAAUUACCUAAAGGUCAUGUUUGACUGGCAACAAGGUGUGUUUAACUAUUACUAAACUACGGACACAUCGAGCAUAAAUAAAAGUAAUGCAUU